AACGAUUGUUUCACAAAACAAAUGCAAAGGGAUUGAGCUUUUUCAGUUAUCACAUCGUUUUGUUGGUCAUCCGAAUUCCAAAUUCUGCAGCUUCACUGCAGUGUACUUCUUUCGUUGGUCAUCCGCCAUGGCUCUUCUUCCCUCCAAGCUCCCUCUCACUUAUCCUAAUUCUACACUCUUUUCUUCACCUCCGAGGCUCUCUUCUCUUCAUCUUCCACCAUUUCGAGUCUCAUGCGCCAAACGGACCGGCAAGAAGAGGUAUCCAUCGGAAAAGAAGAAGCUCAAAUUGAAACACAAAGAAGUCCUCACAACCGUUGAGAACAAGUUCGAAGGCACCUGGAGGUUGUUCAAGCUCGGAAUUCCUGUUGAAAAGGAUCCUGGCAAGGAUUUUCAUGGCCUCUCGGAUGCUUUGAUGCAAGAAAUUGCUAAAGUGCUCGAGUUUCCGGUCGCUUCGUUGCUGCCGCGGGAAGCUUUCUCUGUUAUUCGUAAAUCUUUUGACGCUAGGAAGAUGUUGAAGGAACCGAAGUUUGUUUAUACUGUGGAUAUGGAUGUACAUAGGCUACUGAUUCUUGAACCGCGUGCUCGGGAUUUCAUUUCGGACUUGGAGCCUAAAGUUGGAUUGAUGGAGCAUUUUGCUAAAGAAAAGGUAUCCAAUGAUGUAAUCAGUAUCGUUCAUGAUCUCAAAAGCAAUCAGGAAGUGGUGGGAGCAAAUGGAUUUAACAGUCACUCUGGUCCUUACUUGCGCAUGUCAAAUGGUAAACCAAAAAUUGCUGUUGUUGGCAGUGGUCCAUCAGGCCUUUUCGCCUCUCUUGUCCUUGCAGAGUUUGGGGCCGAUGUUACCUUGUUUGAAAGAGGUCAACCAGUGGAGCAAAGAGGGCGUGAUAUUGGUGCAUUGGUAGCCCGUAGGAUUCUGGAGCUGGAUAGCAAUUUUUGCUUUGGGGAGGGUGGUGCAGGUACCUGGAGUGAUGGGAAAUUGGUCACUAGAAUUGGUAGAAACAGUGGCAGCGUGCAAGCGGUUAUGAAAUCUUUAGUUUAUUUUGGGGCCCCAAAGAAUAUCUUACUCAAUGGAAAGCCUCACCUUGGAACAGACAAGUUGAUUCCAUUACUUAGGAACUUUCGGCAGCACUUGGAAACAUUGGGUGUCACUAUCAAGUUUGGGACUAGGGUUGAUGAUCUGAUUGAAGAGGGUGGACAUUUAACGGGUGUUAAAGUUUCUGAUUCAAGAGACAAGUUAAAGCUGAGCAAGCAGAAGCUUGGAUAUGAUGCUAUUGUCCUAGCUGUUGGCCAUUCUGCCCGUGAUGUAUAUCAAAUGCUUUUGUCUCAUAACAUUCCCGUGAUUCCCAAGGAGUUUGCAGUUGGUUUAAGGAUCGAGCAUCCUCAAGAAUUAAUAAACAGCAUACAGUAUUCUGGAUUGGCCAACGAGGUAGAGAAAGGGCGUGGGAAAGUACCCGUGGCAGAUUACAAAGUUGCCAAGUAUGUUAACAUAGAUACGAAGAAUCCAUCCUCCAAUUCUGUUGCAGCAAGUCGCAGUUGCUAUUCAUUUUGCAUGUGUCCUGGUGGCCAGGUUGUCCUCACAAGUACGAACCCGGAAGAACUUUGUAUCAACGGCAUGUCAUUCUCUAGACGUUCAUCAAAAUGGGCAAAUGCUGCCCUUGUGGUCACUGUUUCAACUAAGGACUUUAAUGAUCUUGGUUUUCAAGGACCUCUUGCUGGGGUUGAAUUCCAGAGAGAGCUUGAGCAAAGAGCAGCCGUCAUGGGAGGUGGAAAUUUUGUUUUGCCAGUGCAGACAGCUACUGAUUUUAUGGACAGAAGAUUAAGAGUGACAUCUGUGCCACCAUCAAGUUACCGGUUAGGAGUGAAGGCCUCAAACCUCCACGAGUUAUUCCCUGGUCAUAUAACAGAAGCUUUACAGCAAUCUAUCCUAGCAUUUGAUCAAGAGUUACCAGGUUUUCUCUCAAGUGACGCCCUUCUACAUGGAGUGGAGACGAGAACAAGUUCCCCUAUUCAAAUCCCACGCAACCUUGAGACGUAUGAAAGCACAUCUGUUAGAGGACUCUACCCGGUUGGUGAAGGAGCAGGCUAUGCUGGAGGAAUUGUAAGUGCCGCAGUCGAUGGCAUGUAUGCAGGCUUUGCAGUAGCCAAGAGUUUCAAUCUUUACCAUGGUGACCUUGAGACGGUUUUGGGUAAGGCGCAAAAUUCUGGGUCCGUAAUGUAUUAGAGCUGAUCUGGUGAAUCUCUGCACGUCAAUGCUGGCAAGGCCAUCUAAAUCAACCUGUUUCCCUCCUUCAACUUGAUUAUAAAGCUAUACUUUUGGCCUACAAAAGGAGCAUCAAAUUCCUAUUUUGGAACCUUGACAAGGUCCUGCAUCCAAGUCAUCGAUUGGAGGUGAAAACCUACUUCUAUUUCGUAAAUAUGUGACAAUUAAACAAGCUGCUCGGGCAUCUAUUGCAGUUGAUUGAGACUGAUUUCGAGCAGACUGUAGUUGGUCCAGGCAGCAGAGGGAACUUUCAGUGGGAGCCGAAGUCUACACUCCAAUAAUAGUUUAUACAUACUCCCAACCAGAGUUGCUUUUGGAUCCUAUAAGACAAUCAACACUUGGAGAUUCUGCAUAUUAUUAUGGGUAUGUAUUAAUUUACACGUUGCUGUGUUACGAUAAAAAUAUUAUGUCAAAUAAUAUUUGAGUAAUUAUAAUGAAUAACAAUUUAAGGGAUAAUAAUGAAAAGUAUAUCAACAUUUUAUAAAAAUUGCAAAUAUAGUAAUGUUUAUCAA